UUGAUUCUGGGCCGAACGGCUCUGGUCUGCCGCGGCUUGGCCGAGCAGCUGGACCUGCCCGUCAAGGGCAAGCGGAGUUCUUGGGCCUGCAGUGGGGCCCGGUCAACGACCCGAACCUCAACGGCAACCACCCGGCGCUGCUGGCGGCGCUGCGCUGCAACGGUGACCUCCAAGUGCCUUAUCGGCUCCCCGUGACGAAGGAGACCCACGACGACGCGCUCUGCCAGGAGGAGACCUGCGUCGGCGACGGCGACGUCAAGCUGCUCGUCCGCCGCCCAAGCUGGCUACGGCUGCGACUACAUGAACAAGCGCUGCCCAUCGCCGUGCAAGAGCUCAAGGAGUGGCAGCGCGGCCAUCGGGAGCUCGGCGAAGACUUGAAGGACAAGCCCGCCGGCUACGUCGGGGCGGGGGUGGCCAAGCGGCUGACCACGGACUGCUACGCCCGCGGCGUCUGCCGCGGCGCGGUGGAGUGCGCCAAUUUGACCACGCGCCAGGCGGCGGCCGCCGGCGAAGCUUGGCCGGCUGAGCCGCGACAGCUGCGGACAGACGCGCGGCCGGCGGCUCAGCGAGGGCGCGUGGUCUCCUGCCCGUUCUGGACCUUCUACGGGGCGCGGGGGCGAGCCGCGGAAGUCCGCGACCUCUGCGCCUUCGAGUUCGCGCGCCACUUCCUCUUCAAGCUCGCCAAGCGGCCCUUUGUGCUGGAGCAGCUGAGCGAGCGGCGCGACGCCGUCUUGCUGCCCGGGGCGGACUACGAGAUCCACGAGGAAGGCGGGGAAGACUGGCUGCCGCUAGGGCCCCACAUCCCGGUUGUCCAGGGCGCGCUUGGCGGUCGCUCGGAGGAGGACUACGCGAAGCGGGUGCUGCUGCUCUUCUGCCCUUGGACGAGCCACCCCGACGACGCCUCGGCCGCCGCGCCCUGCAAGCUUCCGACCGAAGAGGUCAAGCAGUUCGCGCUGAACUUUUGCUUCGUCUACUGCCUGCCGCGGGAGCUCCGGCCGGAACAGCACUUGCAAGAGAACAGCGACAACGAGGUCCAGGACGACGGCGCGCGCUUCGACAAGGCGGACUUGGAGGCGGCUCGGGCCACGCACGUCCGCGGCGCGGGCAAGCUGGGCUCCGACGAACAAGACAGCGAGCAGGAGGACGAGGCCGCGGCGACGCGGCUGUGCGUCAUGACCAAGCAGAUGUUCGACUUGUCCCGGGCCGCGUGGAGGAGGAGCGGGGCCGACGCCUCGCCCGGCCAAGGGCGCUCGCCGGGCCGCCCCGAGCGCAAAGCGAGCAGCAGCUCGACCACAACGCGCUUGCCUGGGCCGCCCGCGCCUCGCGGAGCAAGAGCAGACUUCCGUCCUUUCCGGGCGUCGGCGCCCGAGGUGCAGCCGCUGGGCCCGCCCCGGACCGCAGACGCGCUGUUGGACUGGCUGGGCAGCGAGCGCGUCCGGAGCGGUCUGAACCGCAAGCAAUGGGAGCUGCUGCGGGUGGUGGUGGAAAGGGUUCUGGUCGAGCUGGAGCUGGUGCCGCCGGACCACGAGAUCGCUCUGCGGCGAGCCGAGCCGCUGGCCUGGCUGCUGCACGGCCCGCCGGGCACUGGGAAGUCCCACGUCCUGAAGUCCUGCGGGAAUUGUUCGAGGAGCAGCUCGGUUACGCGCAGGGGAUCGACUUUGAGGCGCGCGGGAAAUUGCGGUCGGCUCUCUUGCCCUGCUGGGGUCGCCGCCCCGCAGGUUGCGGCGUUCCAGGCCGUCAACGCGGCCGACAUUCGCGGCCGGACCCUGCACAACGCCUGCGGCCUUGGCGUGGACGCGGCCGCGCUGGGCCGCGCCGUGGGCCAGGAGGCGGCGAAGUUGAGCAGCGGCUGCGGGCGGUCGUCCCGUCGGCCAGCCAGUGGAAGCGCAACGCGGCCGGGGAUUCGCGGGCCUUCGCGGGCCUUCGCGGGCGUCAACGUGCUGCUGCUUGCCGACUUCUACCAGCUGCCGCCGCCGAGCGGCGGCUACCUCGCGGACGUGCCCAGCAGCCGGCGGCCGCCGCGGCUGAGCGCGGCCGCCGACGCCGAGCCGGACCUCCUGGCGGACUACGGCAGAGUCGUGGACGAGCUGCGGCGCGGCGAGCUGUCGGAGCAGAACUGGCGCUACCUCCACGGCAAGCCCGUCGAAGGCUGUCGACUGACCGCGGCAGAGCGCGAGUCCCGGCGCCGGGUCGUCGACGGGCCCGGCGACUCGCGCUUGAGCGAAGAGAAGUUCAGACGGGCGGCGGCCGUCGUUGCCAACAACGACGCCAAGUACCAGAUCAACAAGGACCGCGCGGAAGACUACAGCCGCGCGGCCGGGUCGCCGCUCCGCUGGUCCGUGGCUCUCGACGCCCCCUCCGCCGAGGUUCUGCAGACGCAGGCUCAAGGGGAAGCGGGGUCGGGAAAGAUCGCGGGGCUGCGGGGGGUGGGGGGGGGGGUCUUGGCCGACCACCUUGAUCGCUCCGAGGACAAGCUCCUCCUCCGAGGUAGCGCCGGGCACGUCCACUCCUGGGUCUGGGAGGAGAACGACCUGCGGCCGACUUGCGUCUAUGUGAAGUUUGACGGGGUCUGGAAGCUGGACGCCAAGCGCAAGAAGCCGGUCCUCAAGAUCGCGCGGACGCAGCUGCCGCUGGCCCCGGCCUACGCGAUCACGGCCCACGGCAGCCAGGGCAAGACGCUGCCUGCGGCGCUAGUGGACUUCAACAUCGACAAGCGGACUGACGUGACCUUUGGGACCGUGGCUGCGAGCAGGGUCCGCUCCAGGGAGGACGUCUUGAUCUUGACGCCCUUCGAGCGCUGGCUCUACACCCGCGGCGCGCCGGAGGGUCCGGAGGUGGACUGGGAAGCCUUCAGGGAGGCGAAGGCGCCCUCUGCGGCCUGCGAGAAAUGCAAAGAUGUGAAGACGCUGGACUACUUCUCCGACCGGCAGUGGGAGCGAGUCCGAGCCAACCGCUCGGCCAUUUGCCUCGCCUGCGGCCCAAGCAAGGGCGGCCAGAAGACGCUGAAGCGGAAGCUGCCGUCUGGCCUGGCGCGCUUGGACUGCCGCGGGUGUAAAUUCCGGAAGCUGGAGGACGCUUUCCCGCGGGCCCAGCUCCAGCGAGGCAACUCUGAGGCCGCGCGCCGCUGCCUGAAGUGUUUGAAGGAAGUUUGCGCUUUGGAGUGCUCGGUUUGCCUUGCCGAAAAGCCGAUUUCCGAGUUCAACAGCGCUGCGGCGACCAUGCCGUGGGCGGCUGUCUGCGCAGCUUGCGGGGCAGAAGCGAAGAAGCGCCGCAGGCCUGAGCGCGCUGGCUGGUUUGCCUGCCGGACUUGCGAAACUUUCUUUCCUCCGCAGGGCGCGGCAAAGGCGGAAGCGAGCGCCCCAAGCCAGCGAUGCUUGAAUUGCGCUUCGCGCGGAUCUUGCGCCAAGGGCAAGAGCACGUGCCGCAAAUGCGGCACUGUUUGGAGCGAGCCGCGCGGGCAGAGCGACAAGCGCCAGAGGUUGUGCCCAAAGUGCCGGCCGGGCAGCGCGAGGCGCUUGUGA